GGCGCCGCAUGGGCGAGCGGCGGGCGGCGCGGGGUCCGGCCCGCAGCAGCCUCCCCGUCGCGGCAUGUCGGCGCCCGGCGCGCAGAGCCGCGGCCGGCGGCUGCCCGCUGACAUGGAGCAAGGACAGCGCAGCCUGGAUGCAGAGCAGAUGCAGCAGCAGCUCAAGCUGCGGGACCGGCAGAAGUUCUUUGAGGAGGUUUUCCAGCAUGAUACGGAUUUCUUCUUUCCAUUAUCUCACCUGCAGAUAGAGCAUCGGAGACCCCCCUUAGGCAGCAUUUCCUCCAUGGAGGUGAACGUGGACAUGUUGGAGCAGAUGGACAUGAUGGACCUGUCAGACCAGGACACUGUGGAUGUGUUUCUUGGCUGUGGGACAGAGGAGAGCACCAUUGCUGGGCCCCUGCCAGGGGCAGAUGGCAGCCAGUGCCCAGAGGAAAUCACCCUGCAAGUGCCCCAUGCAGCUGAGGCCAAGUCACGCGUUUCCUCCACGUCCUCUGUCUCCACAGACCUGAACAGCUUGGACACCAGCGAGGACGGGGCCGAGACCCCCGUGGUGCAGUCAGACGAGGAGGACCUGCAGGAGGACAGUCCUAAAGAGCAAGCGGCAAGAAGCUAGCGGCCAGCUCUGCCCUGCUCCCGGCCUCCUCUGUACGGACCCGCCAGCAUGGAGAAAGGAAAGCUGCUGGCUCCGACUCCCACUCGGCAAACCCCGUCCUGGACUGCUGCCCUGCAGGAGCGGAGAGGUGGCUUUUCCCUCCUCUCCCUCUGCACGUUCUCCAGGCAGCCAGGGGAGAAGAAAAGGGGUAUCACAGGCUCCCCCAGUUAACUCCUCAGGCUUUGCUGCUAACACUCCCUGCUUCACUCGCCCAAAACGCUCAGCAUCCCGCGGCCGCACUGUUCCCAGGAAGGCCUCCCUGGGGAGCCCGCCCCCCCUGGCCCGCUGAGCAGGACCCUAUCCGACAAGCAUCUCACCACAGCAUACAGAGAAAUAACACCGCUACCUAAACCA